CCAAACUGGAGGGCGCGUUGAGUUUCACUUGCAACCUGGCGUCUUUGUUGUUUACUUCCGACAGGUUGACGGCUUCCAAAACUCCCUGCGUGGCCUAGAACGUCUCGUACUCACUGACAAAAUCUGUUCCUUUGAUGACUUCCGUCAGCGCAUGGAAUCCAUUUUUUCCACAGCCCAUGACUACUAUCCAGCCAGCAUGCCGGCGGGCUCUGAAGUUGCCCGGCUGUCAAACCUGGCCAAUCAGUGGUUUUCCAGCCUCGCGGGUCAUCCCGUC